AUGCCGAAAGUUCGUGACAGCUUUGCCCAUCAGUUUGCGCUGGAGGGUGUUGAUACUGAAGUUUGUGAUCAAGAAUCCGAUCAUUCCAAAAAUCUGCUGCAAUUGGCGCCUUCGAGGAAAUAUCGUCGUGAAGAACCACACUUCCGGCAUAUCGGUAGUAUCUCACUAAGAAACAGUAUUUCACAUCUUCUUGAGGUAGAUUCCGACUUUCCGAUGCCGAAAGUUCGUGACAGCUUUGCCCAUCAGUUUGCGCUGGAGGGUGUUGAUACUGAAGUUUGUGAACAAGAAUCCGAUCAUUCCAAAAAUCUGCUGCAAUUGGCGCCUUCGAGGAAAUAUCGUCGUGAAGAACCACACUUCCGGCAUAUCGGUAGUAUCUCACUAAGAAACAGUAUUUCACAUCUUCUUGAGAUAUCGGAUCGUACUCGGCAGUCGGUGACGAAUUCGCUGAAUUUCUUGCCACACUUCUAUCGCUCAUCUGGAAGCCUACAUCCACGGAGGGACGCAUUACCAAAGUCGCAAACGAUGUCUGAGAAAUUCCUGCACGCUACGAUGCGUACAAAACAGAUGUUGUACAAUGAGAAUGGAGAUCUUUCUCGACCAUCGGAUUCAGCUCCAAAAAAAGAUCUCAAACAAGGAGAGAUCGACAUACGUGCGUUGCAGCAAAAGCGUCAUCUUGCCGAAAUUACGAGGACCCGAAUCGAAGAAGACAUGAGAGAAAAUCAUCCACUCUUUGACCGCCCAUUGUUCUUUAUUGGAAGAGCGUCUCGAUUACGGGAGUUCUGCAAGAAGGUAGGGUUUUUCAGUUGGAAAUCGUUUCAAAUUUCUUAUUUGACUGCUAGGUCUUGCUCUUUUCUUGAAUUCUCAGCUUGUUCCAUGUUUGAACUCAUUUUUGAUGGAAUCAUGUGCGGCAAAAUGUGGGAGGUAGGGUGA